AUGCCGGGCUCCUUGGCAGACUACUUAGCCAAAAACUAUCUAAACGCCGACCCGGCCCCAGAACGCCCAAAGAAAAAGCGCAAGAAGGCAAAGACAACCGACACCGCAGGCGCGGGCCUUCUCAUCGCCGACGACGAUCCACCAGACCUCCGAAACACCAACUCAACCCUCAACCAAGAUGACGAAGACAGUCCAUUCAUUGAAACAUCAGCUCAGACUACCGAAUUCCGCCGCGCUAAAAAAUCGGGUUGGAAGACCGUUGGCGGACCAGCGCCGGGCACCGAUAAGAAUGAACAAGAAGCCGCAGACGCAAUCCUAGCCUCAGCAGCUGCCGAGCGCGCCGCACAACGAGCCGAUGAUGAAGACGCGCCCAUGAUCGAGGGUGAAGAGGAAGACGCACCGCUCAUGGAAUCCGGUGCACGAGCCGGUCUCCAAACCGCAGCGCAGACAGCCGCGAUGGUGAAAGCGCAAGAGCGACGAAAGAAGGUCGAGGAAGCUCUGUUUAAGGAUCCAGCCUCAACAGAUGCAAAGCAACAAGAAACCAUCUACCGUGAUGCAUCUGGACGAAUUAUCAAUGUGGCGAUGAAGCGCGCAGAAGCUCGACGUGCUGAGGAGGAGAAACGCCUAAAGGAGGAAGAAGCGCGCGAGGCACUGAUGGGUGAUGUGCAGCGCCAGCAGCGCGAGACUCGACGACAGGAAUUGCAAGAGAUCAAGGCUAUGCCGGUCGCACGUACGAUUGAAGAUGAAGCACUUAAUGACGAAUUACGGGAACGUGAUCGAUGGAAUGAUCCUGCUGCGCAGUUCUUGACACAGAAGAAAGGUCCUGGGGCUAGUGCUACGGGAAGGCCAUUGUAUCAUGGGUCGUUCCAGCCAAAUCGGUAUGGAAUUCGGCCGGGACAUCGGUGGGAUGGUGUUGAUCGGGCGAAUGGAUUUGAGAAGGAUUGGUUUGCCUCGCGCAAUAAGAAGAGUCGCAAUGAGGCUCUGGAAUAUCAAUGGCAGAUGGAUGAGUAG